AUGGCGAAUAUUGUUGGUGGAGCUGCAAAUCCAAUGAUCGUGUGGAACGAAGAGGGAAAGAGGUUUGAAACAAAUGACAAAGAAGCGUAUUUGGAGUAUAAACUUAGAAACAACGGAAAAGUGUUGGAUUUAGUACACACUUACGUUCCUCCUUCCAAGAGAGGUUUGGGCUUGGCUUCUCAUCUCACUGUCGCCGCGUUUAAUCACGCUACCACUCAUUCCUUGUCAAUCAUUCCCUCUUGUUCUUACAUCUCGGGAACGUUUCUUGUGAAGAACCCUUCUUGGAAUUCUGUGGUGUACAAAGAGAAUGAUGCAUCUAAUCUCUAA